CGAAAUUGCUUUCAUAAAGACGUAUUUGUUUCCCUUCUUCAGUGCAUCAUGUACCAGGCGGACAACUUUUCUUUGGCUAGAGAAUAAAGUAGCUCUUCUUCUACCCUUCUUGCAGAAUAGGAAGAUGCACAGGAUCAUCAAACCCAAGUUUAUUUUCGGAAGAAAACCUUUCUCUGCUGCUUUCUCGACCUCCUUCCUCUUCGACGAUACUCAGAUACAGUUCAAAGAAAGUGUUGCACAAUUUGCAAAAGAAAACAUUGCACCUCAUGCGGUAAAAAUAGACCAAACAAAUUCAUUCCCACAGGAGGUUAACUUAUGGAAACGAAUGGGAAAUUUCAAUCUCCUUGGCAUUACUGCACCAGAGGAAUAUGGAGGCCUUGGCCUUGGUUACUUGUACCAUUGUUUGGCAAUGGAAGAAAUAAGCCGUGCCUCUGCAUCUGUUGGACUUUCUUAUGGUGCUCAUUCUAACUUGUGUAUCAAUCAGCUGGUGAGGAAUGGAAGUCCUGCUCAGAAGCAAAAGUACUUGCCUAAGCUCAUCUCUGGGAAGCAUGUGGGAGCUUUGGCAAUGAGUGAGCCCAAUGCUGGUUCUGAUGUUGUUAGCAUGAAAUGCAAGGCUGAUCGCGUAGAUGGGGGUUAUGUAGUUAACGGAAACAAGAUGUGGUGUACCAAUGGUCCAGUUGCUGAAACAUUAGUUGUUUAUGCAAAAACAGAUAUAAAAGCUGGGUCAAAAGGAAUUACAGCCUUCAUCAUCGAGAAGGGAAUGCCAGGAUUUAGUACAGCCCAGAAAUUAGACAAACUUGGGAUGCGAGGAAGUGAUACAUGUGAGCUUGUCUUUGAGAAUUGCUUUGUUCCAAAUGAAAAUGUUCUUGGACAAGAAGGACAAGGAGUCUAUGUCAUGAUGUCUGGGUUGGAUCUGGAGAGGCUUGUUUUGGCAGCUGGUCCUUUAGGUAUUAUGCAGGCUUGUCUUGAUGUUGUUCUUCCUUAUGUUCGACAAAGAGAGCAAUUUGGACGUCCUAUUGGGGAAUUUCAAUUUAUACAGGGGAAAAUUGCUGAUAUGUACACUUCUUUACAGUCUUCAAGGUCUUACGUGUAUUCUGUUGCUCGAGAUUGUGACAAUGGAACAAUUAAUCCCAAGGAUUGUGCUGGUGUCAUUCUCUGCGCAGCUGAGAGAGCAACCCAGGUUGCUUUGCAGGCUAUCCAGUGUUUAGGUGGAAACGGCUAUGUGAACGAGUAUACAGUUGGUCGUCUUCUUAGAGAUGCAAAGCUAUACGAGAUUGGAGCUGGAACGAGUGAGAUCAGGAGAAUGAUUAUAGGACGAGAACUCUUAAAGGAACAUUGACAUUAUCAUUUCGUUUUUGAUUGUCAAUAACUUUCGAUUUCACGUUUUUUACGAGGGAUUGGCCUGAGCCGUUAUGGGCUUUUGAACCAAAAGCUAAAGUAUUAUUCGGGGAUUCCACCAAAUGAAUUUCGUUGUAUUGAACAAACUGAUUACAUCACUAAAAGCUGCAAACAUUUUAUUUCAUUUAAAAA